AGCCUCCGUUCCAAUUAUUCCACGAAACACCGCGUUUUUGUUUACAUUUCUUCUCCUCCUUCUUCCUCUCUCUCUCUUCGCCGUCAGGUCUUACCCAUUCUUCGGUCUUCACUCCCGCGGUUUUCUUUGCUUCUUGAUUUUAUCGGGAAAGUCUGCAGGAAAAUUUCGAAACUCGGUAAGAGAGGUGCGGGUUUUAAAGUCGUACUCAAAAACUUGUAAAUUUGCGUAUGGAUUUAGCUGGCUAUGGAUAGAAUUAUAGCUCGUGUGAAGAAAUCGUCGGCUAGGGGAGGGGAUAAAACGCCGACGAGGCGAUUAGAGCGCCGUGACGCCUUGAAGCAUAUCAAUUAUGACGCAGCGUCGAUAUCUACUUGGUCAGCUGAAGAUCUCUCGGCUUCGACUUCUUCUCUGGUGACGCGCUCUCUGGAGUUCCCAGAUCGAACCAGUUUCCGAAUCUUCGGAGGUGGAGAUGGAGAAAUGGAUCGGAUUUACAAGUCUCUUGGUUUGUCUGGUCCUGAUGAUUUGGCUAUUUCUUUUGACGCCUGGGAAGCUUGCAAGAAGCGUUCGUCCUCAGAUGUUAUCAACAGGUUCAAGUCUUUCGAGCUGGAUCUUCACAAUUUGAGUGAAGCAGCUCCUAGUGGUGAUGCUGUUAAUUCUUCCGAUACAGAUAAUAAUAGUACUGAAUUGACUCAGUCCGAGUCGAGCAAGUUUGGGAGUUUUAGGAAUUUGGCGGGUAAGGUUGCACUUGAUACUGGUACUGAAGUGAACAAGCGUGGUCUUGAGCGAGCACCCACGAUUACGUUAGAGUCGAGUCUUAUUCUGAAUCACAGUGAUGUUGCUGAUGGUGGUACUGAAGAGAACACGCGUGGUCUUGAGCGAGCACCGACCAUUACUGUAAAGUCUAGAGGUUAUCUCGUUCCGAAUUACAGUGAUGUUGGUGGUACAGGAGAAAACAAGCUUGGUCUUGAGCGAACACCGACCAUUACUGUAAAAUCGAGAGGUUAUCUUGUUCCAAAUCACAGUGAUGUUGUGGCUGAUGUUACUGGUUGUGGUGGUAUAAAGGGAGUAAGACCACCGGUGCUUAAGCCUCCUCCGGCGAAACGACCUCCUAUUGAUCAUCAAGGAUCAUCUUGGGAUUUCCUUACGCAUUUCGCUCUAGAGGAUGGAAUAGUUAGGCCGCCAAGUUCCUCUUCUUCUUCUUCCAACAAUGGAGAGGAAGCUCUGGAAGAGGAAGUGGAAAGAGAUACGGAAGGCGAAGCGAGGUUUCUUGAGUCCGUGGAUACAGCUGAUGAGGCAUGCUCGUUCACUACGAACGAAGGUGGUGACUCCUCAAGCACUGUAUCCAAUACUUCGCCCAUUUAUGCAAACGGUGGAUCUAUUAUCACGUCGUGGCAGAAGGGUGGACUUCUGGGACGAGGAUCAUUUGGCUCCGUUUAUGAAGGCAUUUCAGGGGAUGGGGACUUCUUUGCUGUCAAGGAAGUUUCACUACUUGAACAGGGAAGUCAGGCACAAGAAUGCAUACAACAACUUGAGGGGGAGAUUGCACUACUUAGUCAGCUUCAGCAUCAGAACAUCGUAAGAUAUCGUGGCACUGCCAAGGAUGGGUCGAAUUUGUACAUCUUUCUUGAACUUGUAACCCAGGGGUCUCUUUCAAAGCUCUACCAAAGAUACCAGCUUAGGGACUCUGUAGUCUCCGUGUACACUAGACAAAUUCUUGAUGGUUUGAAGUACCUCCACGACAAAGGUUUUAUCCACAGGGACAUCAAAUGUGCAAACAUAUUGGUGGACGCCAGCGGAGCUGUCAAGCUUGCAGAUUUUGGAUUAGCAAAGGUUUCAAAAUUGAACGACAUUAAGUCCUGCAAGGGAACCCCAUUCUGGAUGGCUCCAGAGGUUAUUAACCCCAAGCGUACUGAUGGGUAUGGAAGUUCAGCUGAUAUAUGGAGCCUUGGGUGCACAGUGCUGGAAAUGCUUACUGGUCAGAUCCCCUACUGCGAUCUAGAAAACCCCGUCCAAGCCCUGUUUAGGAUCGGAAGGGGUGUUCUUCCGGACAUACCUGAUACAUUAUCCCUCGAUGGCCGUGAUUUCAUAACUAAAUGUCUCAAAGUGGACCCGGAAGAGCGGCCAACUGCGGCUGAGCUGCUAAACCAUCCAUUUGUGAGAAGGCCCUUAGCAUCCUCGAGCUCAGGCUCAGGCUCAGGCUUGGGAUUGGGAUCAGCAUCUCCGCAUGUCCAUAGACGAGACUAAAGAGCUUUGGAGUCUAACAUUGAUGGUUUAAUGUGUUAUGAGAGCAGCGGUAAGCAGAAGAUUUGUGAAAGAUGAGACCCCGUAAAAACUAGAAACUAUUAGGGAAACACGAGAUACGAUUCUUCAACACACGUCCGGUUCAGUUAGGCAGCAAGCUAAACUGGCUGGAGGAGACAUAUCCUUUAGGUUCGUUACUGGCUCAUUAGUUGGUUAUUUGUGGUAAGUUGUAUUAUGUUGGCCGUAAUUUGACAGCUUGAGAUCCAUAUUCUUCUAGGAAAAUGAUAAAAUAGAGUGUCGAUCUUGGUGUUUUGAGUGUACAGGGUUUGUAAGUUUUUUAAAAAUGUAAUGUAUGAGCUUUUUAAAAAUAUUGUUGUAUUUAAAUACAUAUUUUGUUUUCAAUAACAUUUUUUUACAUUAAUUAGGG